AUGGCUCUACAUAUAAGUCAAGUGAGAUCGAUACACUUCGUUAAAGACCAUCAGUUUUUGGGAGUCCUGAAGCUUAGAAUCAAUAUGAAGUACCUGGGAAUUGCGCUUCUGAUUGCGGCCGCUGCUGUUCAGGUGUUGGGCGAGCAUAUUUCUGAAGGACAUUCGAGAUCCAGAAGGAGCUACGGCUCGCAGUUACAGACUUUCCUGGAUGUGAAGCUCAGAAAACUCUUGAAAGAGGGCAAUGCUACCUUGGGAUUCCCCAUUAUGGAUCCAUUGGAUAAGCCAGAAUUGGGUUUUGAACUCAAUGAAGAAAAGGCAAAAGGCAGUGUAUCCAUCAAAGAUCUACAUGUUGAGGGCCUUGCUGGUUACACGGUAGAUGCUGCCAACGUUCGCAUCUACCCAACAACAAUAACCGUCGACCUUACAUUCCCAGAGAUCAAGGCCAGUGGGAACUAUUCAAUGAAAGGAGUGGUUAUGGAUGGGAUUAACAUUUAUGGAACUGGAGAAUUCCAGGCAAACAUCAGAAAAUUCUCGGUAAAGACAGUAGUGUCUGUAAAUGUCUUCGGUGGAAUGAAAAUUAAUUCAAUGAAACUUGAAAUCUCCCUGGGAGGUCUCCAGCUCAAUGCCAGUGGAAUUUUCGACGAUGAAAAUACCAGUAUUCUUCUCAGUGAAAUCAUCUCGGACAUGGCUCCACAACUGAUUGCGGACUAUCACGAGGAGAUAACUACUAAGGUUUCGGCAGUUCUCGUUGAGAUUGGCAAUGUCUUACUCAAAGGAAAAACUAUCAAUGAUAUCAACACAAUUCUCGGCUGAUUUGGUUGUGUUCAUUAGUACUUAACACACUUUUGUACAUAAAAAUAUUUACAUUAAUUUUUUAUCUGCCUA